AUGGCACCCGCGCUGGAACUCCUGCCGAAGUCCACUGAGAACGUGCCUGUCAAGGCAAUUCCAGCCACCAGCAAUGGCGCAUCUGCUGCGGCUCUUAUCAAAUUCGAGAGCCCGGAGAAGCACCAGCGCGUUCUGAACGUCUUUCGAGCUUUCAUUGCUGAUCUCGUUCAGCAAUACGGCGAUGGCCACCCUGGAUCGCCCAUGGGCAUGGCUGCCAUUGGAAUCGCGCUGUAUAAGUAUGUCAUGAAGUACUCGCCAAAGAACUGCGACUACUUCAACCGUGACCGCUUUGUUCUUUCUAACGGCCACGCCUGCCUAUGGCAGUACCUCUUCAUGCACCUUGUCGGCGUCAAGAGCAUGACCCUCGAGCAACUCAAAUCAUAUCACUCAGCAGAGAUUGGUUCCCUCUGCCCAGGCCAUCCGGAAAUCGAAAACGAGGGCAUCGAGGUUACCACUGGGCCGCUGGGCCAGGGCCUUGGCAGUGCAGUAGGCCUGGCCAUGGCCACGAAGAACCUUGCGGCGACAUAUAACACACCUGGGCAUGAGGUGGUGGACAACAUGACUUGGUGCAUGGUUGGUGACGCUUGCUUGCAGGAGGGGGUUGGCCUCGAGGCGAUGUCCCUGGCUGGACACUGGAGGCUCAACAAUCUCUGCAUUAUCUUCGAUAACAACUCCGUUACCUGUGACGGGUCUGCGGAUGUUGCCAAUACUGAGGACAUCAACACCAAGAUGCGAGCUGCUGGGUUCAACGUGCUGGAUGUGUUGAACGGGGACUCGGACGUCGUCGGAAUUGUAAAUGCUCUCGUUGCAGCACGCUCCAGCGACAAGCCCACAUUCAUCAACAUCCGCACUACGAUAGGCGUCGGGUCUACCAUGGCGGGCACGGCGGACGCACACGGUGCUGCUCUUGGAGUCGGCGAGGUAGCCAACAUCAAGAAGUCGUUCGGCCUGGAUCCAAACGAGCAUUUUCACAUCCCCCAGGAUGUAUAUGACUUCUUCAGCGACAUCCCCAGCCGUGGCGAGGCCCUAGAGGCGGCGUGGCAGGCGGCCGUGGUGAGGUAUCGUGAGGAACACCCGGUAGUGGCAGCCGAAUUUGCCCUCCGUGUCGCAGGAAAGAUGCCCGAAGACUGGACCAAGUGUAUCCCUUCCAAGGAAGACCUUCCUACUGGGUCUGCAGCGUCGCGCAAGUCAGCCGGUGCCUUGACCAACGCCCUUGGGCAGACGGUGAAGUCCUUCCUGGUCGGCACCGCAGACCUCACCCCAUCCUGCAACGUUGCCUUCAAGGACAAGGUCGAUUUCCAAUCCCCUGAUCUCCGCACAACCUGCGGCCAAACCGGCGCCUACAACGGCCGCUACAUCCACUAUGGCAUCCGCGAGCACGCCAUGUGCGCCAUCUCCAACGGCCUCGCAGCCUUCAACAAGGGCACCUUCAUCCCCAUCACAAGCACAUACCUCAUGUUCCAUCUGUACGCCGCCGCCGCAAUCCGCAUGGGCGCCCUCCAGGGCCUGCAGCAGAUCCACAUCGCCACCCACGACAGCAUCGGCGUCGGCGAGAACGGGCCUACCCACCAGCCCAUCGCCGUCCCGGCCUUGUACCGCGCCAUGCCCAAUAUCCUGUUCAUCCGCCCCUGCGAUGCCGAGGAGGUCGCCGGCGCUUAUAUUGCUGCUAUCCGCGCCACCGAGACCCCGUCUGUCCUUGCGCUCUCGCGGCAGAGUCUGACACAGUACCCGCGGUUUUCCUCGCGCGAGGGCGUGCAGAGGGGGGCGUAUGUUUUCGCUCCGGCCCAGGACAACAACAACAGCAGCAGCAGCAGCAGCAAAGACGAUGGCGAGUUCGACGUCACGCUAAUCAGCGUCGGGUCUGAGAUGGUCUUCGCAAUGCAAGCCCGCGACAUUCUCUACGAGCAGCACGGCAUCAGGGCUAGGGUUGUGUCUUUCCCCUGCACGCGGUUGUUUGAGCAGCAGACGCGCGAAUACAAACACUCCGUGCUGAGGCCGAGUGCUGGGAAAGCGGCUGUUGUGAUUGAGGCGUAUCCGUCGACUGGGUGGGAGCGGUAUGCGGAUGCGUCGGUGUCGGUGAAUAGAUUUGGGAAGAGUCUUCCUGCUAAGGAGCUCUAUGAGCAUUUUGGGUUCGAGCCGGGGGUUAUUGCCGGCAAGGUUAAGGGGCUGGUGGAGGAGGUUAGGGCUGUUGGGAUUGCAAGCUUGAGGGGGGAUUUCAGGGAGUUUAAUGGGGGGUUGAGUGUUGGGUUGGGGCAUUAA